AUGUGGGAAGAAUCAUUUAAAACUCAUCAUGAUUCAAAACCCAAUGGUCCAUCAUCAAUUGGUGUGGAUAUAAAUUUUCUUAAUUUUGAAAAUGUUUAUGGUAUUCCAGAACAUGCUGAUGCAUUUUCACUUAGAUCAACACAUGACACAGAUCCAUAUCGUUUAUAUAAUCUUGAUAUAUUUGAAUAUGAUAUUAAAAAUCCUAUGGCUUUAUAUGGUGCAGUACCUUAUAUGCUUGCUCAUAAUGAACAUGCAACUGUUGGUUUCUUUUGGUUAAAUGCUGCUGAAGCCUGGAUUGAUGUUCUUAAUGAUAAAUUAAAUACACAAAACAAUUGGUUUACGGCUCAGAAUUUUAUUUCUACCAUAACAAAUUUUUUUGGUACUAAAACAAAUAAUGAAAAUAGCGAAGUACCACAAGUUACAACACAUUGGAUGUUUGAAACAGGCAUAUUUGAUGGUUUCUUUUUUAUGGGUCCAACACCGAAUGAUAUUUUUAAACAAUAUACAGUUAUUACAGGAACUACACCACUUCCACCGGUAUGAUGUCUAUUUACUUUAAUGAAGAAAUUACUCGAAUUGAUAUCUACUGUUUGUGAUCUUGAGAAGAUUUCGGCAAGAUUAGAAAAAUCCUAAAAAGAUUUAUGUUCAUGUAUCCGAGUUUUACUAAGCUCGAGUUGAUUCAUAUAGGAAUAUGUUUCAAUAAUAUUUUCAUAUGUACCAAGUAUAGCUCGACGACUUCUAUCCAAUGGCGAAAAUCAUAUCAAAAUAGAAUAUUCUCUUGCAGAGAAAUCUUCAUUACACCUGUGCUCAUAGGUCCUAAUACGGCAUAUCAUGGAAGACUUUUUUCUUUGUCUCAGUUAUU